GGACACGAUUAGUUCUUUCGAUAGUAAUAUCUUAUCCUACAGAACUUCCAUUCUCCCCUCUAGAGUCUCUUUACAGAACCUCUUUAUAAUAACUUUGGCCUUUGAUCCCAUGAGAUAAUAGCUGCUUCUUCUCCAUAUACAUCCAUGACUACUAGUCAUCCUUCUUUCAGUUAUGAUGUGUUUUUAAGUUUUCGAGGUGAGGAUACCCGGUAUACCUUUACUGAUCACCUCUAUACAGCCCUAAUGCAAGCAGGAAUCCGUACUUUUAGGGACGAUGACGCAAUGGAUCGAGGAAAACUGCUAGAGCCAGAGCUGAAAAAAGCUAUCCGUGAGUCGGCAAUUUCGGUCAUCGUCUUCUCAAGAGAUUAUGCAUCUUCCAAGUGGUGUCUUGAUGAGGUCUUAACGAUCAUCCAAGAAAAGGAGAGGCUUUCCUCGAAGCAUGAAGUUGUUCCUGUUUUCUACAAUGUGGAGCCAUCUGAUGUCCGGAAUCAAACAGGAAGCUUUGAAGAAGCAUUUAGUGGGUAUGAUGAUAUGAUUGAGGCAGAAACAGAUCCCCAGAAGAAAAUUGAAUGGCUGGAGAAGGUCAAGGCGUGGAGAGUUUCUCUUAGAAAGGCUGGAAGCUUGACAGGAAUGGUAUUAACUGCUAAGGGACACGAGGCUAAAUUCAUAGGUAAGAUUAUCAAUGUCAUAAAAAAGAAACUUAACUACAAGCUCUUGUACGUUGAGGACAAACUAGUUGGAAUGGAGAACAAUGUUGCUGAGAUCGAAUCAUGGUUACAAGAUCCAUCACCUAAUGCAGUUAUCCUUUGUAUUCAUGGGAUGGGAGGCAUUGGGAAAACAACAAUAUCCAAAUGCAUCUAUAACUCAAACUCCCAUGAGUAUGAUGGCAGUUGCUUUCUCGCAGACAUCCAAGAGACAUCAAACCAACACAAUGGAUUGCUGCGUUUGCAAAGCCAGCUUCUCUCCACGCUAUUAAGGAGCAACAAGGAAGAAGUUAUAUGGAAUAUUGAUGAGGGAAUUGUUAAGGUUACAAAUGCCUUAUGUAAUAAAAAAGUACUUCUCGUCCUAGAUGAUAUAUCAACAAGGCAACAAUUAACAGCACUACUAGGGCCACAACAGUUUCAUUAUGGAAGUAAAGUGAUCAUUACAACUAGGCAUAAAUGGUUGUCAACUUCUUUUGAUGUAAAUCCGAAGGUCCAUGCUGUUAAAGAAUUAGAUCCUUUUGAUGCAUAUAGACUCUUUAGUUUGUACGCCUUUCCUAGGGAUCACCCCAUUGAACCGUACAUUGUCCAAUCAAAUCUUGUAGUUCGUCACUGUGGAGGUCAUCCUUUGGCUCUUAAAGUAUUGGGCUCUUCUCUAAAUGGAAAGACCAUCGAUGUGUGGGAAGAUGCAAUUCGCAAACUUGAAGUAGUUCCCAAUCCCGAGAUCCAAAAACUUCUAAAACUGAGCUAUGACACUCUUGAAGAUACCAACGAUAAAGAUUUAUUCUUACAUAUUGCUUGUUUUUUUGUGGGUGAGAAUAAAGAAUUCAUUGUGAAAUUGUUAGCCGAAUGCGAGCUGUACCCUAUAGUUGGGAUCCAAAAUUUAAUGGAUAGGUGUCUGCUCUACAUUGAAAAUGGGAGGGUGAUGAUGCAUAAUUUAAUCAAGGAGAUGGGUCGGGAAGUUGUUCACCAAGAAUCACCAAAAGAUCCAGGGAAACGAAGUAGAUUGUGGAAUCAUCAAGAUUCGUUUAAUGUAUUGAAAGAAAAUGGAGGUACAAAGAAGGUAGAGGGGCUUGCUCUUGAUAUGCAAAGGAUCAAGCGAAUUAAUUCAACUUUAAUCGUAAAGAUGGACAAUGGAAGAAAGCGUAGUUACGAAGAUUUUAGUGGUGGUAGCAAAGAAAACUUCAAGGUUGGAGCAAUUGAAAAGAUGAAGAACCUAGUGCUACUUCAACUUGACUAUGCAACUUUCUCUGGGAGCUACAAGAAAUUGCCCAAAAAGUUACGAUUGCUACGCUGGCAUGGAUUUUCUUUAAAAUGCAUACCAAGCGAAGUACCUUUGGAGAACUUGGUAGUUCUUGACAUGCGUUAUAGCAAAUUAAAAGAAGUAUGGGAUGGGUUCAAGGUGGUUGGGCAGCUAAAAAUCCUUAAUCUCAGUUAUUCUAUGGAGCUUAUUAAAACCCCUGAUUUUGAUGGACUCCCUAGAUUGGAGAGUUUGCUCCUUGAAGGAUGCUUAAGUUUGAUUCAGGUUUGUGAAUCCAUAGGGAACCUUGAAAAACUGGUCUUGUUAGAUAUAAGUGGUUGCAGAAGUUUAAAAAAUAUUCCAUGCUUACCAAGAUCUUUGGUAUCACUUAAUAUGCAUGGUUGCUCAAACCUUGGAGGUCUUGGAGAAGUUCAAUGCAUGGAUUCAUGUUCACUCUCUUCUCUUUUAGUAGAUCUUGACGUCUCACAAUGCAACCUCUUCGAUAAGUCUUUCCCAGAGGACUGGAGUAACCUCUUCUCAUUGAAGUGCUUAGAUAUAAGCAACAAUCAUAUAACUUCCUUACCAGGAUGUGUCAAACGUUUACCAAGUCUUAAAGUUCUCAGAGCUAGAAAAUGUUCACAUCUUCAGAAUGUUCUAGAUGUCCCAAAAUCCGUAACAGAGCUAAGUGUCUCUGAGAACAAGUCCUUGGAAAUAGUGCAACCAACACCAAAUCCCUUAGCCUUCUUAUUCGCUGAUGAGUGCCAAAAACUGUGUGCAGUGGAGGGUUGUUUUAAGCUUGAAUCAAUCCAAAACGUUGACAGGAAAAUUAUAAGAUAUCUUGGAUUAGAAUCGAAUUCAGAAAAUAGAUUUGAUAAUCAAAAGACAUAUACAGAAGAGGACUCCGUCAAGGUAUUAUAUGAGUUUGGUAUAUUUAGUACCUACGUUUUAGGAAAAACACUUCCAUGUUUUAAACAUAAGGAAAUUGGACCAGACAUAUCAUUUAGGGUUCCUUCGCAUCCUAAUGGUUCAAGAAUAAGUGGUCUGAACAUAAGCUUCAUACUCUCUACUAAUAAAUAUGGAGAUCCAACAAUUUAUGGAAUUGAAGUUAAUAAUAAGACCAAGGCCUUGAUAUGGAAAUACACUCCUACAAUAAACAUAAGACCUAAGAAGCCGGGUGAGUUUAAUUAUGUUUGGUCAAGCCUUUGGCGGACCGGCAAUCUCCUGGAUGAUGGGGAUGAAUUUGUUAUACGCAGCUCUGUGACUGGAGCUGCUUUAGUAGAGUGUUGUGUGAACUUUGUGUACGAUGAUAAUGAAGUUGGGGAGGAUAAUCUAGAAGAAAUGGGUGACAGCCGUUGCAUGUUCAAUCACAUUUCAUGGUCUGACAGGAUGCUAGUAGAGGUAUCAGAUUAUGUUCAUUGUGGGAAAACAUAUUGCUUUAAGGUUGGUGGCGCAAUGGACGUUCCUAAUAUUGGUGGUAUUUCUGAUUUGAUUGUGGAUUGGUGGGGCCUGAGGGCAGAGUGGAGGUCCAGAAGGAUUGCGGUAGGCCCUCCAAUAUAUCGUUUGAAGAACUAAGACACCAACAUCAACCUCCAUAGCCAUGUGUUUCACCUUCAAUUCACAUGAGUGAUAGCUUUGUCUCAGCAAGUACAUUCAUAUUAUUAAGGCCCAUGGCCUAGAGAUCUAAUGGCAUUGGUGCUUGUCCUCUACAAGUUGGUGUGAACUCAAAUUUCUUGAAGUUCUUGGAUCUUUUAUUUGGAGAUUUUGCUAUACAAGUGUAAAGACCGUUUUCAUAAAAAUAAAAAGUUUUAAAAAAAUUACAAAAACUAAUUUUUUUUAUUAAACGGCUUCUACAUGUGUUUAUUAUGCAAAAACUUUGAAAAAUAUAAAAAUGAUUUUUAUGAGUUUUUUACAUGUAAAACUAAUUAUUUCUCGGUUACUCACUUUUUGUGAUUCCUUCA